GCCCGGGGUCCUAUAAACCGUGGAGGUGGCCUCGCGGAGCUCCCAGACCGCGGGUCCUGGGAGAGAGCGCCAUCACACUCGCCGUCGUAGUCUCGGGACCUGAGCCGCCCGCCCGCCCGCGCGCCCGCUGCACCCGGAGCCUCCGGCGCCACACAGCCCGGCCAUGGAUCCCAGCGAUAAGAAGCUGACCGGCACGCUUAUGUUGGCCGUGGGAGGGGCAGUGCUCGGCUCCCUGCAGUUCGGCUACAACACCGGGGUUAUCAAUGCCCCCCAGAAGGUGAUCGAGGAGUUCUACAACCAGACGUGGUUCCACCGCUACAGGGAGAACAUCCUGCCCACCACGCUCACCACGCUCUGGUCCCUCUCCGUGGCCAUCUUCUCCGUGGGGGGCAUGAUUGGCUCCUUCUCGGUGGGCCUUUUCGUUAACCGCUUUGGCCGGCGAAACUCGAUGCUGAUGAUAAACCUGCUGGCCUUCAUGGCCGCGGUGCUCAUGGGCUUCUCGAAACUGGGCAAGUCCUUUGAGAUGCUGAUCCUGGGCCGCUUCAUCAUCGGCGUGUACUGCGGCCUGACCACGGGCUUCGUGCCCAUGUACGUGGGGGAGGUGUCCCCCACGGCCCUCCGAGGGGCCCUGGGCACCCUGCACCAGCUGGGCAUCGUCAUCGGCAUCCUCAUCGCCCAGGUGUUCGGCCUGGACUCCAUCAUGGGCAACCGGGAGCUGUGGCCCCUGCUGCUGAGCAUCAUCUUUGUCCCGGCCUUGGCGCAGUGCAUCAUGCUGCCCUUCUGCCCCGAGAGCCCCCGCUUCCUGCUCAUCAACCGCAACGAGGAGAACAGAGCCAAGAGUGUGCUCAAGAAGCUGCGCGGGUUGGCGGACGUGACCCGGGACCUGCAGGAGAUGAAGGAGGAGGGGCGGCAGAUGAUGCGGGAGAAGAAGGUCACCAUCCCCGAGCUGUUCCGCUCGCCCCUCUACCGCCAGCCCAUCCUCAUCGCCGUGGUGCUGCAGCUGUCCCAGCAGCUGUCCGGCAUCAACGCCGUCUUCUAUUAUUCCACGAGCAUCUUCGAGAAAGCGGGCGUGCAGCAGCCUGUGUAUGCCACCAUCGGCACCGGCAUCGUCAACACCGCCUUCACGGUCGUGUCGCUGUUUGUGGUGGAACGAGCUGGCCGGCGGACGCUGCACCUCAUUGGCCUGGCUGGCAUGGCGGGCUGUGCCGUGCUCAUGACCAUCGCUCUGGCAUUAAUAGAGCAGGUGCCCCAGCUGUCCUAUCUGAGUAUCGUGGCCAUCUUUGGCUUUGUCGCCUUCUUUGAAGUUGGUCCUGGCCCCAUCCCAUGGUUCAUUGUGGCCGAACUCUUCAGCCAGGGCCCCCGCCCGGCUGCCUUUGCUGUUGCCGGUUUUUCCAACUGGACCUCGAACUUCAUCGUGGGCAUGUGCUUCCAGUAUGUGGAGCAACUGUGUGGCCCCUACGUCUUCAUCAUCUUCACGGUGCUCCUGAUUCUGUUCUUCAUCUUCACCUACUUCAAAGUUCCUGAGACCAAAGGCAAGACCUUCGAUGAGAUUGCUUCCGGGUUCCGGCAGGGGGGAGCCAGCCAAAGCGACAAGACACCCGAGGAGCUGUUCCACCCCCUGGGAGCCGACUCCCAGGUGUGAGGAGCCCCCCCACCGCCGGCCCAGCCCGUUCCCAGCAGCCCCGAGGGUCUCCGAGCACUGGCCGCUGGACACGACUUCCACACUGACACAUCUCAGCAGAGCUGGGCCUGGGCUCCUUUCUUCAGCCAGCAGUGAUGUCCAGAAGCAUAUUCAGGACUUUUUAACGCCUCCAGGGUUUUAACAAAAGCAAGACUGUUGCUCAGGUCUAUUCAGACGAGCAACAGGUUUUAUAAUUUUUUUUUUAUUACUGAUUUUAUUAUUAUUUUUGUAUCAGCCAGAGUCUCCUGUACCCACACUUCAGGCUCCACCCUGAAUGGCUCAGUGCCUGAGGGUGGGGACGAAGUCCUGCCUAGACGCACUUGCCUUUUUCACCAAGCUAAUUUGUAGGGCUGGAUCUAUGACCAAGGACACACUAAUCGAACUAUGAACUACAAGGCUCCUACCCCUAGAGGUGGCCAGGGCCACGUGCUCGUGCGGCCCUGAAUCUCCCCACCCUAGGGGUCAGGCUCCGUUAGGAUUCGCCCAUUUCCGUCUCUUCCUACCCAACCACUCAUUAAUUUUUCCUUGCCUGAGACCAGUUUGGGAGCACUGGAGUGGAGGGAGGAGAGGGGAAGGGCCAGACUGGGCUGCCAGACUCUAGUCUCCUCUGCACUGAAGGCCGGACGAUCACCACGAGAGGAGGGCCGUGGGGGACGGAGAACUCAACUACUCAAGAACACGCGGAUGCUCCUGCCCUGCUGUGUAUAGAUAGAAAUAUUUAUAUAUUUUUUUGUCAAUAUUAAGUACAGACACUAAGUUAUAGUAUACCUGGACAAACCAACUUGUAAAUACACCACCAUACUCCUCUGUAACUUACCUAAACAGAUAUAAAUGGCUGGUUUUUAGAAA